AUCAAACAGUAUCAUUUCUCAUGUCCAAUUAUAGCCACGAGCUGCAGCACUUGUAGGCAGAAGCAUCUCGUGCACAGCUCAAUGCACCAACAAUUUGGUGAGUAUGGCGAGAAAGACAGUUUGGGCAGAAAUCUAUAGCGUCUAUAAUAUUGCCAAAUAUGUCUUCAAAUGCUCCCGUGGUUUGAAGAAUUAAUGAAUGCCACAUCACAAACAGCGUACGGUUCCAUUGACAUUCUAACGUCCACACUGAAGCAAAAGAAGAACACCGUCUCCGAAGAGAAUUGUGUACGCGAGACUAGAGGGAUGGAUGCUCGAGAGGAGGGGGAUGCUCGAGAGGAGGGGGGUGCUCCAAGAAGGAUGCUGUGUGGUAGGGUAGCGUACGACGUCAUCCUUGUGCACACAACAGGGUUAUGUUGUAUUCUAAACUGGGUAGGUGACCACAGAACAAUUUUCAUAGACCGGAUUUAACACCUUUAGAUUUUUUUUAUUAACACGGUGACAACCUUAUUAACAAAUAAAUACAGUUGAGGUCGACUGGAAAAACGCCAACCUUCUCUACCAAAGGUCUCAAUUUGGAGGAAGAUAUUCUAUCUGUAGCUGAUAAAGGAGCUGUCCGUGGUGCUGAAUUCCAGAUCCACAGAGAUCCCCAGUGCACACCCAUGCCCUUGUGCCACUCCUGAUAUCUCGCGUUCCUAGCAGCAACCAACCUCACCGCCAGAGCCAAGAUGGACGACGGCUACGGACAAGACGGACGUCAGGACUUCAUCCGCGGUGCCAAAGACAUCGCCAAGGUGGUGAAGAAGCAGGCGGGCAAGAAGGUGGGCCGCAGUGUGGACAAAAUGGCCGACGAGUACACCAAGCGCUCAUACAAGCGCUUCGAGGAAGAGGACGAGGAUGACGACUACCCCGUGCAUCAGAGCCAAGAUGGCGACGGCUACUACCGCAAUGACAGCCGGGCCAACGACGACGAGGGCGGCCACAGCGACUCCACGGAAGGUCACGACGAAGACGAUGAGAUCUACGAGGGAGAGUACCAGGGGAUCCCCCGGGCGGAGUCCGGCAAAACGGUUCCGGUGGACGGGAUGGCCCCCCAAGCUCAGAUCAGGGACCUGGCCCAGUUCGAGGCAGAGAGGAGGAAGGAUCAGGAGGAGCUGGCCCAGCAGUACGAGACCAUCCUGCAGGAGUGUGGCCAUGGGAAGUUCCAGUGGACGCUGUACUUUGUUCUGGGGCUGGCCCUCAUGGCAGACGGUGUGGAGAUCUUCGUGGUGGGCUUUGUGCUGCCCAGCGCAGAGAAGGACAUGUGUCUGUCAGAGGAAAGCAAGGGCAUGUUGGGUCUUAUUGUGUACCUGGGGAUGAUGGUGGGGGCCUUCCUGUGGGGCGGCCUGGCCGACCGGAUUGGACGGCGACAGACCCUCCUCAUCUCCCUCUCCAUCAACAGUGUGUUUGCCUUCUUCUCCUCCUUCGUUCAAGGAUACAGCUCCUUCCUUUUAUGCCGUCUGCUCUCCGGUGUGGGCAUCGGUGGCUCCAUCCCCAUCGUGUUCUCCUACUAUUCUGAGUUCCUGGCCCAGGAGAAGAGAGGAGAGCACCUCAGCUGGCUCUGCAUGUUCUGGAUGAUCGGUGGCAUCUACGCCUCUGCCAUGGCCUGGGCCAUCAUCCCCCACUAUGGCUGGAGUUUCCAGAUGGGCUCUGCGUACCAAUUCCACAGCUGGCGUGUCUUUGUGUUAGUGUGUGCCUUCCCCUCUGUGGCAGCCAUCUCUGCCCUCACCACAAUGCCCGAGAGCCCACGCUUCUUCCUGGAGAAUGGGAAACACGAUGAGGCUUGGAUGAUUCUGAAGCAGGUCCAUGACACCAACAUGAGGGCGAAGGGCUACCCAGAGAGGGUCUUCUCUGUGACCACCAUCAAGACAGUUAAGCAGAUGGAUGAGCUGGUGGACAUGGGAGAGGGCACCGCCUGGCACCAGAGAUGGAGGAUGAGGCUGGCUGACCUGUUCAACCAGGUGUGGAGCAACUUCCUGGCCAUAUUCUCUCCUGAGUACCGCCGCACCACUCUCAUGAUGAUGGCUGUGUGGUUCUCUAUGUCGUUCAGUUACUAUGGGCUGACGGUGUGGUUCCCUGACAUGAUCAAGUAUCUCCAGAAGCAGGAGUACUCCUCGCGCACCAAGGUCUUCAUCAAGGAGAAGGUGGAGCACGUCACCUUUAACUUCACCCUGGAAAACCAGGUGCACCGCAACGGAGAGUACUUCAACAACAAGUUUAUGAAUCUGAAGAUGAAGUCCAUGGUGUUCGAGGAUUCUCUGUUUGAGGAGUGCUACUUUGAAGACAUCACCUCCAGCAACACCUUCUUCAAGAACUGCACCUUCAUCGCCACCCUCUUCUAUAACACAGAUCUGUUCAAGUACAGGCUGAUCAACAGCAAACUGGUCAACAGCACCUUCCUGCACAACAAGGAGGGCUGCAUGCUUAGCGACUUCAGCGACGAGAACAGUGCCUACAUGAUAUACUUUGUCAGCUUCCUGGGCACCCUGGCCGUGUUGCCCGGCAACAUUGUGUCGGCGCUGCUCAUGGACAAGAUCGGACGGCUGAGGAUGCUGGCGGGCUCCAGUGUGAUCUCUUGUGUCAGCUGUUUCUUCCUGUCGUUUGGCAACAGCGAGUCGGCCAUGAUCGCUCUGCUCUGUCUGUUCGGGGGCAUCAGCAUCGCCUCCUGGAAUGCCCUGGACGUGCUGACGGUGGAGCUUUACCCCUCUGACAAGAGAUGCACAGCGUUUGGCUUUCUAAACGCCCUCUGUAAGCUGGCAGCCGUGUUGGGCAUCAGCAUCUUCACCUCUUUCGUGGGCAUUACCAAGGCUGUGCCCAUCCUGUUCGCCUCCGGGGCGCUUGCAGCGGGCAGCUUCCUGGCGUUCAAGCUGCCGGAGACGCGGGGCCAGGUGCUGCAAUAGUGUGGCCACACCCCUAGGGGGCGACAUGGGGGGUCAGAAUGAGUAAGCCACACUGUGAACAACAAGUAGUCCAAGAAACCCCUAAACUCCGCCCUGUACGCCCCAUUGAAGUCAGAGCCUAUUCACAGGAAUUAGUUCAAUGCAGAUGCUGCACAUAUCUACCAAGCUGUAAAUAUUGUGGAUUGCCUGAUAUUGGAUGUACUGUUUAGAUAGACACAUCUCUAUACUACUAAGAUCUGUGGAACUGUGCUGCCGAUGCUUAACAUUGAUCCCUAUGAAUAGGCUGUGAGUUGGUAGAGAAAGGGAAGUGCAACCAAACUCUGCCCCUAGACCAACAGAAGCUGUUCCAACUUGAAUCCUUGUUCAGUGCAAUCUCAAUCACUGAGUGUAUGUGUUUAUGAGGGUUGAGGAGGUAGUUUAGAUGCAGGUCCCCAAAAUGAAGACAGAUUACUGGGGUUAUGGGGUAGGGACAUGGGGUCUAGUUUAUGAGCCAUGCCAAUAGCCCGCAAUAGAAAUGACCACUAGCCAUCCAAUCCAUAUUCACACCAAUUUCUCUGAUAAGCUCAGCUCACUUCCCAUCUACAUGAGUCUACAUUGCUAUGGUAGAACGUCAGUCAUAAAUGAUACGUUAUGCCUUGAUUUGAACCAUUUUUGACUUAAUGGGUAAACCAAAACAUUCAGUUAAACCAAGGCCUCUCCUCAUGUUCAUACCUUCCAAGGUCUUGUGUUUAUGUUAUGUACAAAAUAACUGCCAUUUUAUAGGUUUUAGAACAUUCUAGGUUUACUUUUCAUUAUGGUUUGAAUGAGACUGUUGACAAAAGUGAUCUGUUGAGCUUUUCCCUUUAAAACAUUCUUUCUAGCCGUUCUUAUCUCAGUCAAUCAUAAACGGCUGCUCAAAUCAAUCCUUCAAAUCUCCAUUUCUGACAAUGUUGAAAUUUGUUCAGCCCACAUUGUUCGCCAUGUACAUUUUAGAACAGCACUUUUGUUCAAACAUUCCACAUUUAAAGCACAAACGUUUGCUAAUGCAAAUAGGACUGUUGUCACAAUUUGUCACAAUAGUUAUUAUUAUUGUCACGUUUUAAACAAACGUUUAAAAGCCCACAGUUCAAGCGUCAUUCUCGCGUCAUGUAUCCUGUAGUAACAAAUGCCUUCUUUGUUCCAUCUGUCAGAGGUUUUUAUGUUUUGCUCGUAGAAAAUGUGUUUUUGGAAAGUGGUAUGCAUAAGUGAAUUCGUGGACAAUUAGCCAAAAAGAUAGAACACAAUACGAAAAUGGCAUUGAAGUGUAUCAUGUUGCUGUAGAUCAAUAAGUCAGAUGUUAGAUGUUGAAUCCAUGUCCUUUUUACGAGAGAAAUCACACUGCCUUUGAUAUCAUUUGCCUGUUCUAACAUUGACCUUGGAAUUCAGGAACAUUCUCGCAACCCUUAAACACAUCAAACCACUUUAAUGUGCACAACUGAAACAUACCUUUUCAUUUUUUGUGAUAUUGUGAAACAGGAACUAGAUGUUGAAAAUAAGACACAAAGAUAUGGAAAGGACGUAGUAAACCUCCGUGAAACAUUGCAACAAUGUGACAUAUUUUCAGUAGAUUCCAUUUGAUAUUUAUUUUUGAGUUUGAAAGAUAUUAAGAUAUAUUUAAGAUGUAUUUAUUUAUGAUAUAUUUACUUUUGGGUGCAAUGUGUUUCAAAAGAGACUAUAGUGGUAAGGACAUAUAUGCACUGUCAUUAAAUACUAUCAUGUACAUCAUAGCCCAUAUUUUAUUCUUUAUUUUGAUAUGGGUGUGAGACUGUGCUUGUUUGCCUGUGCAAUAUUGAACUUUGACCUGCAAUACUGAGGUGUUUUUUGUGGAUUCUUGAUAGCUUGUUUAUUAGUUGUUUUAUCCGAUACUUGGAGUAUGAUUAACUGAUGUGGCGAUACAAGUAAACGCUGCUUUAUUGAUUGGAUGAUCAAAACGACAAUUAAACCUCGAUGAGAUGGGGAACAUUAUUGGAUGCUUAUGGGAAACAUUUCACCGAGCAUUGAAAUAGAAGUAGUAUAACUUUCCUUUGAUUUCCACCCUUGAAGCUUAGAACAUCAUGAUAUAUGGGUACAUUUAACAUGUUACACACCUCCGCUGAGUUUUUUUUAUCAUACAUGAUAGACUAGGACUAAACACACUGCUAAGGGCAGUGUCCUCAUGGGAUAUCUGAUCCAUAGAUUUCCUGAACAUUGGUUUGGUACCAAACAACGUUCCACAUUCCCCUUAUAGCAAGCACAUUGAUCAAGUGUGGUAUGUUCACAAUUGCAUGUUACAAAGAAACAAACUCAGAAAAGCAACAAAGCACUGAUUCAGCAACAAAGGAAAUGAUCAUAAACUGCCAUUUUUUAGGAUAGCAGCCAUAUGUAGACUUAACAGCAUUCUAGAUAAAGACCAAUCCAUUGCACUAAAUGUACUUAGCUGUACAUGCACAGUUGUUAAUGCCUUGCAUUCUUGAAAAGACCAAAACCUUUGAGACAUAAAAUAUAUCAGUAGCUAGCACAUGAAGGGAAACAGAAGGUAGAGCAGUUGACGUACGCACAAUAACUGCUUACAAGCGACCAAUUUAAGACAGUAGCCAAAUGAUUCAUUGGUACCAAAUGAGUCACGCAUGCAGUUGUGAACAGCACACAAAAUAAUCAGUAUACAUUGAUUUACAGUAGUUGCAGUUGACUAUUUAUUGACAUAGCAACCUCUCACUUUACUUUAUGUUCACAUUACCAUAAACUAGCAUAUCGUACGUUCAAUGUAUGACCCCUUAAUCUAUAUAGGAACUUCAAGCCGUUACCACAUUCCUCAAAAUCGACAUGCAUUAGUCUACACAUCCAAACCAUUCACUGAUGGUUUAGUGACUGCCGAUCUAUAAGUGUGCCAUGAGUAACUUCUCUCAUUGAUUAUUGCCAAAUAUUUUUGUAUGUCUUAAGUUUAUACUAUGUCAUAAAGAAACUGGAAUAUAGAUUUAAAUAUGUAAAUUAAAAUAAAUAAAAUAUAACAUAGAUCAUUAAUAAAUAUUAUAGCUCUUUAUAACCUUUGACCCCAUGAAAAUAUUCCUGUGGUAGGGGGAGCAGUUUUUAUGAACUGAUUUGGGACUUGGAUGGCCAGUCUGUCGGAAAGUACAUUUAUUCACAAUUCCUCGAAGAAGCGCAGUAAUCUUAAAAUAUUCCAUUUGUUAUUGAAGAAUCAGCAUCAGCAUUACAGCAUGUCUGAUCUGUGUUUCCAUAUCCUAUCUCUAUGUUGUCAUAAUUAUACCGCCCAUGAAAUGAUAAACAAGGAUGUCAAUAUUAAUGUUGUAUAGUACGACAUGGAACGCUGUGAAAUGCUUAACUAUCUAUUUACUCUCUCAGUGAACCAGUUCAGGAUAUUUUAAGUCAAGAUUGUUUCUAGUACCUGUAGUUGCAUAUUUUCAAUUCUGUUACAAGGUUUUUUUGUAUUCUUAACUUGUUGCUCGGUCAACGGUCAAUCAUGAGUGCAAAAACGUAAUUAUAGCAAUAAGUGUUAGAUUGUUUGUCUUUUAUCUCUACCCAAAACACUACUGGGAAAUGAAACACAUAAUAUGCUGGGCCUUUUCCACUGAAAUGCUGUGUGUUGGCUUCUACUAAAUGGGACUGAAUGGCUUAUAUUCACUUCUAAAACUACCCCUAGGUCUUUGGAGGCUUUUGUCAAUAAGAAAACAUUGCAAUUAAUUACAUGUAACAGAGAAUUUAUCACUGUCAUAGUACUGUGCUGUAGAAUCUGUAGUUGUUUGUAUGUAAGUAUAUAUCAUAAUAUUAGAAAUUACAAUACGGUAUACAUGUGGAACCAUGAAAAAAUACAAAGGACAAAAAAACUGAAGUGUAAAUGACAGAGUACUAUUGUAUGGUGUCUUCGAUUUUGUGUAUUUUGUAAAUGAAAAUGGAAUAUAAGUAAAUACAUCAAAAUAAAUACUACUGGUUAUGAAGAAUACUUCAAUGUUACAACGUCAUGAUUCUGUUAUAAAGUUUGUGUGUGAGAUUUGUUCUUAUCAUUUGUCAUCGUUUAUUUAUUUACCUUUUCAGAACUGCAAUGGAUAGCAAAGAAAAAUAAACUACUGUCCUAAUGAUGAAA